GUUAUUGUGCUCGACGGGGCUCCAGCUGCUGCUUGCACACAGAUUUUGCCACCAUUUCGGUUCAGUUUGGGUCUCUAAACGUCACUUAAACGAGUGGAUAUAUAUCAGGAUAAUGUCUCUUCAGAAGGAUACUUCGCCUGACGAGAGUUUGCAAGGUUCCUGGGUUGAGCUGCACUUCAACGGCUCUCGAGCAACAAGUUGUCAUGGAAGUCAGGAGCAAAUCACCACGUCCAGCCAGGAGGGCGACAUGGAGAAAAUGCUACUAGAUGCACAACAUGAGUCAGGCAGGAGCAGCUCCAGAGGAAGCUCACAGUGCAACAGCCCACUGAGAGCUCAGACGCCACUGCUGGUGUGGAGAGGCUCGGAGGGAAACAGCUCACAGUCGGAUGAAGAUUUCCAAGAAAGACGAGGGGAAGUGGAGAACCUGAUGAAGAAAAAUGCUGAUUGGAUCUGGGACUGGUCUAGUCGACCCGAGAACAGUCCACCAAAGGAGUUCCUGCUGAAGCAUCCUAAGCGCUCGACUUCUCUCAGCAUCAGGAACACCAGCGUCAUGAAGAAGGGAGGUGUCUUCUCUGCUGGCUUCCUGAAGCUUUUCCUUCCCUCAUUAAUCAUCUCUCACAUAUUUGCGAUUGGCCUCGGGAUAUAUAUUGGGAAGCGCCUGACUGCUCCCCACACCUACUGAGCAUACUGGUAUUGUGACACCAGGCCACUUUAUGACCAGCUUCAACAUACCUGAAGGAAGGAUUUUGGAUGAUCCAGGGAGGCAUGGCGACACCCCACACUUCAGUUUCCGUGCCCUGCCUGCAUCCGCAUGUAGCUGAGGAUUGGUCAUUGCCAUCGAACAAUCCUAACCCCAUCAUUAUGCAGCAGUGACCAAUCCUCUGCUGCAGUUGUUGCUGCACCUGACAACCAUUUUGCUGCAUCCUGCAUGUUAUAAAAAAAUCAUACAUCAGUAACUUCUUUCAGCAUAGAGAAAUUGCUUUUUGAUUACAGACUUAUCCAGGAAAAUGAUCAAGCAUAAUUAACAAAUGUGAACCACUGAGUAUGGAUGAGUAUUCAGUAUAUCCAAUAAAAGUGGACCACUAGGCUUUCUGUUGAGCUGUUGGAGGAAUAUCAUCGGAGCUCACUGUUCAAAGGAAAGGACUGCAUGCAGAUGAACACAAUUAAAAUUUUAUUGAACUUUGGUCAAAAUAAUAAACAAGUGAAUACAUUGCCACCAUGUUGGGACUCAA